AAGUGCUUCGAACAAGAAAAGCGGAAGUUGUUGAUGGACCAACUUGUUUUCUAAUAUAAGCUUUCUCACGGCCAAUUUAUACGUAAUGCGUAUGAUUAGUAAUAUCGUACGACUACGGUUUCAUUAAUCUCGCCGAUACGACUGCUUGUGUACACUGGGUGCCCGGGUGGAUCUGUGAUCUGCAUCCGUCUACAGUCUGAGCUCUUCUCCUUCUUGCACUAUACCUCUGAACACUCAUACGACCUCCAUCUCUGUCUCCCACAUGAGCGCAGCAUUCUAUUCCCGCUGGGCUGAGCGCCAUGCCUGACCGGGAUAGCGCCUACCUGGCAGGUGGCAGCGGGACGGGGGUGGGCACUGGGCUCGGGGACGAGGGAGGGUCUGGGACGGGUGGAGAGGGUAGAGCGACAGGGGUUGGCGGCUCAGCGGGGGGUAACGGAGGUCCCGGGGCCAUGGGAGGCGGCGGGGCGUUAGGAAACGGUGCAUUUGGCUCCGGUUUGGGACUGGAUGGCGUUUGCCGGGAUUUUUUGCGUAACGUGUGCAAGCGUGGCAAACGCUGCCGCUUCCGGCAUCCGGACUUCAACGAGGUUCCCGAUUUGGGCGUGCAAAAGAACGAGUUCAUCUUCUGCCAUGACCAUCAGAACAAAGAGUGUGUGCGCACCAACUGCAGAUUCGUGCAUGGCUCGAAGGAAGAUGAGGACUAUUAUAAGAAAACCGGAGAGCUUCCGCUUCGGCUCAGGGGGAAGGUGGCGGCCGGGUUGGGAUUGUCUCCGACCGACCUCCCGUUGAGCCGCGGAGAGGUGCCUAUUUGCAGGGACUACCUGAAAGGAGAGUGCCAACGGGGCAAUAAGUGCAAGUUCCGGCACGUCAGGAAGGAUUAUGAGUAUGAAGCCCCAUCCCGGAGUGGAGUCGGGUGUAUGAUGGGCGUCACUGGUGGCGUCAGUGGGAUGGUGAAUGCCGGCAGCGGUGGAGCAGUAGGUGUUGGCGGUGCCUGCGGCGGGAUGUCUGGCCUCGUUGGCGGCGGUGUUGGUAACUACAUGGGAAUGGGAUGUCCCAACAUGGGCGGCUGCAGAGAGCAGGUCAUGUCUGGUGGAGGUGGGGGCUCAUUGAGUGGCUGCAUGUCGAUGGGAACGGUGGGUCAUCGGCGCUAUGACAGGGGCCCUUGCUCUGUCUAUGACCCUCUGUUUGAGAAUGGUAUGUUUGAAGUGGGGCCGGUGGAGGCGCCUGUUGACCACACGACCCUGCAGCUGAAGAGACGGCGUUUGGAGGGGCUGCGGUUGACUGAUGGAACCGGUGGUGGACAUUAUGACCUGGGGGUUCAGACCACCCUGUUGACUCGACCGUUAGAGUACCGCUUACUGGAAGAGGAGAACGCCCUGCUGAGGAAAAGAGUGGAGGAGCUUAAGAAACAGGUGUCCAAUCUCAUAGCCACCAACGAGGUCCUCCUGGAGCAGAACGCUCAGUUCCGAAGCCAGGCUAAAGUGAUGACGCUGUCUUCCACCCCCGCUCCGUCUGAGCAGAGUCUGGUGCCCCCUGUUGGUUCUAUCAGCUCCUACAACCAUGGCAUCGCUCAGACACACACCACUCUGAGCAGCGCUGGUCUGCAGCCCCGUCCCGUCACGCAGCAGGAUCUGGUGGCCCCGGCUGGAGCACCGACCGCCCCUCCAGCCAAUGCAGUGCCCCCUACCGCACCCCCUCCGCAUCUGAACCCCGACUCCAUCUCUGCCGCCCUUGCUCAGACUAUCGCCCAGGGAAUGGCUCCACCUGUUUCCAUGGCCCCUGUUGCGGUUUCGGUAGCACCGGUCGCUGUGUCGAUGGCACAACCGCUGCCGGGCAUCACGAUGAGCCAUGCGACCGCACCGAUGGUGUCGUAUCCCAUCGCCAGUCAGAGUAUGAGGAUCACAACCUUGCCUCAUUAGUAUGAACAGAUGUUUUCAGCAAUUCUCCUAACACCCUUUUGUUUAACUUACCAAUAACACGGUAAGUUUCUCAGGUGAAGGGUCUGUUUUGACUGAAAGAACUUACAGAUUUCUGUAUAGACAAAAUACAGAUCUUCUCUUUUGAAUAUAUGAAACAUAUUUCAGUUUUCUUGCCAUGCUUUAGCAGAUGAUUGCCUUUAAGAGAGCCGAAGAAAGAUUCCUUUGAGAUUGUGGACAUUUAUUAACUCAUUUUGAAAGAUGUAACUAUUCAGCUAAUCACUACAGGAUUGUGAAUCGACUUGUUAGCUGUCCGUUUUAGUUUGACUCCUUUUUUAAUAGUUUGUUUUGUGAAUUGCUUUCGUGUGAACUGAUUAUUGGUCUUUUGCACAAAAGUAAUGAAUCUGACCCAUUAA